ACCUUUUUACUUUCAGUACACUGUACUGUACUAUUAUUAUAUAAAUAUUCUACAAAUAUUUUAAUCUUCUUUGCUCCCAUUAUAUAUAGUAUAAAUACACAAACAAUUUCUUCUUUCAAAGUUCAACAUUCUAUUUUGUUUGAUUUCAAUGCAACAUUCUAUAAUGGCUAAGACUACUCUUUUCUAUUCGUUGCAAUUGCUUUUGAUUUUCACUUGCAUGUUGUUAAAUGCAGGAAUUGUGACAUUAGGUGCACGCCAUCAUCACCGCACUACCUUCAACUAUUUAUCUUCUUCAAAUUCCUCCAAGCAACAAUGGAUUGAACCUAUCGGUAACCGUGUAAUAACGGUUGAUAUUAAUGGUGGAGGCCAGUUCCAGUCCGUCCAGGAUGCCGUCAAUGCUGUCCCGGACAACAAUAUAAUGAAUGUGCUUAUUCAAAUAAGCGCCGGAUGCUACAAAGAGAAGGUGGAGGUUCCCGCGACGAAACCAUACAUAACAUUUCAAGGAGAGGGAAGGGAAGUGACUGUAAUAGAAUGGCAUGAUAGAGCUUCUGAUCCUGGUCCCAAUGGACAACAGCUUCGUACUUAUCGAACUGCUUCUGUUACUGUCUUAGCCAACUAUUUCUCUGCUAAGAAUAUCACCUUCAAGAAUACAGCUCCGGCACCAAUGCCAGGGAUGGAAGGAUGGCAAGCGGUUGCAUUUCGAAUAUCAGGAGACAAAGCAUACUUUUCCGGCUGUGGCUUCCACGGCGCACAAGACACACUUUGUGAUGAUGCUGGUAGGCAUUAUUUCAAGGAAUGCUACAUUGAGGGCUCCAUUGAUUUCAUUUUUGGAAAUGGCAGAUCCAUGUACAAGGAUUGCGAGCUACAUUCAAUAGCAACAAGGUUCGGAUCGAUAGCAGCCCACGAUAGGAAUUACCCAUAUGAAAAGACAGGAUUUGCAUUCGUACGAUGCAAAGUGACAGGUACAGGCCAACUAUAUGUGGGUCGUGCAAUGGGCCAAUACUCGAGAAUAGUCUAUGCAUACACAUACUUCGAUAAUAUAGUUGCACCCGGCGGUUGGGACGAUUGGGACCAUGCCAACAACAAAAACAAGACUGUGUUCUUUGGAGUGUACAAGUGUUGGGGACCAGGAGCAGUGGCAGUACGUGGGGUGUCAUGGGCCCAAGAGUUGGAUUUUAAAUCUGCACAUCCAUUUAUUAGGAAGAGCUUUGUCAAUGGGAGACAUUGGAUUGCACCAAAUGAUGCUUAGCCAUAUAGUAUAAUAUUAUUCUAACUAACCAUUUAAAAUUGUAAAAAAGAAAAAAAUAAUUGGCACAUGCAAAAUUUAUCUAAACACGUUUGUCAUUUUAAAUCUUUUUAAUAUAGGAAUUCAUUUGUUUAUACCCUUUCUUUAUAGAGGGGGUGGUCGUUGUGUACCAUGAUUAUGUUAUUGAUUAUUCUUUGAGCAAUUGUAAUCAAGAUAUGUAAGUGAUAUUAUAUGUAUUAGGUAUGAAUAUGAAUUUCUAAUGAAAUUUUAUAGGUUUGUUUUGGAGCUGAA